ACCCUAGCUAUAUAGCCCACCGUGUUUUACUUCAAAAUCAAUUCACGCCACUAGGGUUAUUCAAGCUUUGCUAGCAACUCUGUCCUCCAUCCUAAUCAACCCAGAGCCAUGUCUAAGAGAAAGACCAGGGAGCCCAAGGAGGAGAAUGUUACCCUCGGACCCGCCAUACGUGAGGGAGAAUUAGUUUUUGGUGUUGCCCACAUUUUUGCCUCGUUCAAUGAUACAUUCAUACACGUAACUGAUUUAUCUGGGAGAGAAACAUUGGUUCGCAUUACUGGGGGCAUGAAGGUGAAGGCUGACAGGGAUGAAUCUUCUCCAUAUGCAGCUAUGCUUGCAGCCCAGGAUGUCACUCAGCGAUGCAAGGAACUUGGAAUCACUGCCCUUCACAUUAAGCUCAGGGCUACAGGAGGUAACAAGACAAAGACUCCUGGUCCAGGUGCCCAGUCUGCUCUCAGAGCCCUUGCUCGAUCUGGCAUGAAAAUUGGUCGCAUAGAGGAUGUUACUCCAAUUCCCACUGACAGUACUCGUAGAAAAGGUGGUAGAAGGGGAAGGAGGCUGUAAUUCCAUUUUAUACUCUCUCAAAAUGGUUGCAACUUCAAGUCAUGGAAGAGUUUUUGUUUUACUUUAAUGUUUAGACGUUUUUGUAGCUCACUCUCAAGCAAAAACUUCAAAUCAAAUUUGAUGGUUUCAAGCCUUUGAUAGCAUGUGAGAUGUUGGAUUUGUUUGAUUUCUUGCUGAAAUAUUAAAUAUCUUUCAAUCAAAUAAGCCUUGAUUUUUGUCUU